UAUCUCUGUCAAAGACUAAAAGUCUGUUGUUGUAUGAGAAGCCGUAUGAGUUGUGUAGUUGUAUCACCGACACAACGGGACGAAUGUGGUGAACUGGUGACUGGCGAGUGACGAGUGCUCGAAGAAAUCAAAUCUCAUCUCUUCUUCAAAGGUUUCUCUUGUCUUUUCUUCUUUUUGUGGCCAGGAGUCCAAGACAGAAACAAGACGUGAUGGCAUCGGAGAGGGAAGACUUCUACAUUUCCGGGCCCCUGCAUCUAAAUGCUUGUAACUGGGAUAACUUGGAGAAUAGGAGAUCUAUUGCUGCAUGUUUGGUUCAAGGCGUCUACAUUUUGGAGAGAGAUCGACAGGAGAAGCGGCAGGGAACUGAGGCUCUAGCUCCUCCAUGGUGGGAAUUUUUCCAAUUCAAGUUAUACCGCCAACUUGUUGACAAUGAAGAUUCUUCCAUCUUUGGUGCUGUUUAUGAGUACACAGGUGUUGCAUGCAAUAGCAACAAAAGAGUUCCAUGCCACGUCAUUGCUUUCCGAGGGACCAUUACAAAGGGAGACGCAUUUUCACGGGACCUAGAAUUGGAUAUCCACAUCAUAAAAAACGAACUCCAUUUCUCGUCUCGUUUUGAGACUGCCAUCCAAGCUGUGCGCAACAUGGUGGCAACUUUUGGAGGGUCAAAUGUAUGGUUGACCGGUCAUUCCCUUGGUUCUGCCAUGGCAAUGCUCGCGGGCAAGACUAUGGCAAAAACGGGUGUGUUUCUUGAAGCCUUUUUAUUUAACCCGCCCUUCUUUUCAGCCCCAAUUGAGAGAAUCCAGGAUAAGACAGUCAAACAUGGGAUCCGAAUUGCAACCAGCGUUGUCACAGCCAGUCUUGCUUUUGUGGCGUCAGUCAAGAAGAGUAAUAACAAUCACGACAAGAAUGUGGCAAUAGACUCCUUUGCUGCAAUCUCCAAAUGGGUCCCAUGUCUGUUUGUGAAUCCAGGUGAUCACAUUUGCUCGGAGUAUAUUGGGUAUUUUGAACAUAGAAAAAAGAUGGAGGAGAUAGGGAUAGGGGCAAUAGAGAGAUUAGCAACGCAACACUCCCUCGGGGGUCUUUUUAUGAACUUUUUGGGGAAGGACUCUCAAGAACCACCAAUGCAUCUUAUUCCUUCAGCAGCAUUAACAGUUAACUUGACCCCCUCGCAGGACUUCAAAGAAGCUCAUGGAAUUCACCAAUGGUGGAGACCUGGGUUGUCCUUGGAUUCUAAAACCUAUAUGUAUAGUUAAAAUGAUGUCGCUAUUUAUGAUUUUCUGUGGCUCUAGACACAUUAUUGUGGGUAUUAGCAUCCCAAACUCAAUUACUCCAUUAAAUUGCUGUGAUUCUUAUCUUUCCCUGUGAUUCUAUUAGCAUUCUCUGUGAUUCUUAUUGCUGUGAUUCUUAAUGCUUUGUUGGUCUUAUAUACAACAGUUGUGAGAUAAAAA